GUAGGUUGGUGGUACAGUAGCCUUCCUGGAACCUGGUGACACCCAGUGAUCUAGUUGAACUAGGUAGUUUUUUCAGGCUUCGUUGUGCCCUGAAUAAGUGAACUUGUACCGGAACCGACCAAUGACAGUUUCUCAUUAGGCGCAAUAUUUUCUUACGCGGUCUUCUCUUAUUUACUGUGCCGAAUUUUCAGAGGAAUUAAUCGCAAAGUUUUGAUAUGUAAAACCUGUUGUCGCAAUGCUCAAGUGGCUGUGCUGUGUUACUUUCUUGCAGUUUGUCACCCUUGGCGAAGCAAGUACGAACUGCACAGCACCCUGUACAAAAUGCAUUCCAGGAACUUGUAUUGAGGAAUGGCCCAUUAUUGCUGCAAGUGCGGUCUUUGUGCCGAGUUUUGUUAUUGCUGUGAUUAUAAUCUGUGGGAUCUGUGGGAGAAGACAAUCCACAGCAAGACCCAGGAAUCAUGGUGGUCCGACAGGAACCUUGCCUCCAGCGAGGUCAGCAGUGCCUGCUAUGUCGGUGAACGUCACUGUAGCAGAAAACGUACACUAUGGAUCUUCUACACCAGCCAUGAAGGCCCCUGCUGUACCAGCGUCACGAGAUGCAACUUUGUACAGGGAUGCGUCGAUGAAUCAAGAAUAUUGCACGAUGGAAACCCAUACUACUCGGAAGACUUCACAUGUUAAUUCACAGUAUGAAGAACUAAAAUUUGAUUGAGUGAAUAAUGUUAAACGCCGCAGUAACCAAUUCUCCAUUCUGGACCAGACAAACCAUUAGUUGAUAUCAUAAGUUCCAUUGGGUGCGGCUUUUACGUUAUUAACUACGUCACCGAGACUGAUCACUCGAUCCAGUGAUUAGUGUUCUCAUUACUUACAAAUAAAGUACAUUAUACAUAUACAACGGGGACAUUGGGUACAUUGAUCGUAAUUUGACAUCGAAAUUGUGUGGGUUUGUUUGUACAAAGGAAUAGGCCUUGAUCCGAGUACUCACAAUGUGAAACAUUUGUAGCAACCCCAUUAUUUGUAGAUCUGACGGCGUCAUGUUCAAUUUGGAACAGAACUGAUACAGCCACAUAUACUUUGAGUAGUGUGUUUAUGAACUUUGUAAACAAUACUUGUACAUCAUUUGUUCAAAAUGCCUUUCGACAAUUAUUAUUAAGAAGCGAAUUUUCUACAAACUUUAGUUUUUUUCAUUUAUGCGGAUGCUAAAUCUGUUGUUUCAAACAGAUGAGGUUGUAGUGAUUUGAACCCUCUGAUUGAGCAGUCAGAAUCGAAUAAAAUCCUAUGUGAUGUUAGAAUUCAUUGUAAUUUUGAAUCAUCAUUAUUUCAAUUUAUAUAAAGCUGUUUGCAAUUACUGGUCAUUGAUACAGCUCUGCGGAUCAUUUGAGGUCACCAGAUGAUUAUAGCACUUGUUUCUGUUAUGCUUAUGGUUGUCCAUGUUGUGCUUACCCGAAUGUAAUAUUUGUCACAUGCCUAUAUUUGUUAAUUAACACAAUGCAUAUGCGUUUCAAAGAUUUUACUUAAAUGCAAUUUGCAUUUCUUAUAUUAUCAAUGUCAAGGACAUAUCGUACAUGUACGUCCCUAGAGUACAUGACCAGUCGUAAAACAGAAAUUGUUUAUGUUCAUAGUUAUUUGUAAGACGUCAACAAGUACGUUAUGUGUAACUUUUUACAUUGUAAUUGUCUCCUAACAAGUUGGCGUUAAUCAUAAACAUAUCUAGUGACAAAACUAACGUUAAAUUCAGUAUUUCACUCUUCAAGACGUUGUAAACUGUUUGCAUUGGCAAUAAGUAAAACACGUAUACAUGAAUUGUCACUUUUAUGAAAAGUUGGUAAACUUUCAAGCAAUAUCUUUGACAAACGUACAAAAACUUAUAAUACCCAGAUUUGUUUAUUCUUCUUAUAUUUUGUAAAUGCUGAUGUGUAAUGUGCUUUGAAAAUCAAACGAGUGUAAUUUUUGACAGGAAUAAGUUUAAGGAGAGCAUUCCACCAUCCGUAUCAUUAUGUUCAAACAUGAAGCUUCCACAAAUGUGCUGUUUCAAACACAUUUAUUGAUUAAGCUAUCAUGUACACUUUUGACGCGUCAUGUAUUUAACUUUGGGAAAAGAAAACUAAAUAAGGAAUCACCAUAACAUAUUAUUGUCGCUGAUAAUGAUAAAUCUUGUCCACUUUUAUGUUCGGCGCACGGGUCAUGAUAGUUGAGAAUACAAUGAAACUGCUGAGGAUAUUACGACUACAUGAAAACAACUGGCUAGUCGCCAAUAUUUGUCAAGCACUGUUCUCGUAUGUUAACGUUCUGGUUAAUAUUGACCCUUUUUCAAUUCAGCG